GUGCAUUUUGUUGCUGAAAAAAAAUUAUUCGGUCGCGAAAGGAUUAAAAUGCGAAGAACACUUUGGAUAGUAAAAAAAAAACUUCAAAUUGACGUCGAUUCGACGCCGAUUGACGAGUCAUUUCUCGCUGGGAAACUUGUUGUAUUCUUCUGCAGCGAAAAAUUACAACGCAACGCCGAAGAUGUGACGAAGUAUACAACACAGCGGCGUCGACCAGUUUUCAAAAACCGGCGAACGGUCGUGCGCCAAGGUCCACCAAUCGGGUCCUCGCGGGAUCCCCAUAAAAAUGUUAUGGGAGUUUCCCCUCUUCCUAGCCUGUUACCCGCGGGAUGUCAGCUCGAGCCGAGGACUGUCUCUCGGGCGAGAACGUUUCAGGAUCACGACGGGACAAGAAUCGGGCGACGAGGAUGCGACCGGACUCGCGCAGCGUCUCGUUCACGUUUCACCGGGAGGUGCUGAGCGCGCGGAACUCGCCGGAGACGGUGCGGAGCCCGCGGAACCUGCGCCAGCGCCUGCAGGAUCGAUUCGAGAAGGACCGGGGAUCGGCCGGCAGCGGCGCGAAGGAGAAGCCGGCGAAGGGGAAGGAGUCGUCCGACCGGGCCUGGAACAACAUCAGCCUCGGCAACGUGUCCGCGGACUCGAGGCGCGCGCUGAGGAACGGCGCCGAGAGGCUGUCCAGGACGAUAUCCUCGGUGCGCACCACUUUCGGCACGAUAUCCCAGAAAUUCAAGAGUUCCACGCGUAGGCGCCAGCGGCUGGAGGAGCAGCAAUCCCCGUCCAACAUGCAGACGCCGCAGACUCGUUCCCGCCAGCUCCUAGGCCGCACGCCGACCAAGCUCUACAGCCCCUUCGGCAUCGAGUCGCCGAGACACGCCUGGAACAAGGAGAACGAAGUUAGCACGCCGGUACGUGCCUCGUCGCCGGAGUGCAACAUGCGCUACAUACACUGUAGACCGUUUCGCUUCGCGAAAGUGAAGGGAUUCUCCAUGUUGAGAUAAGGGGUAACUCGAGACUACCACAUGUUGAUCUCUCUUUCUUCCUAGCGAACGCAGUCAGGUUUGCGUGCCUUGUGUGCAACGAUUGUAUCGAUAUAUAUAUGUAUAUAUAAUUUAUUUACGUUCGAUCGCAUAGAAGGGACCCGUCGCGAGCGACGCGAAUCCGUCAUCGAGCCGGAAAUGAUAUCUUUUUCUCUUCUUUUUUUAUAUACAAGUAGCCUUCACAGGUAUGCUAGCGUACCUUCCACGAUAUUUAUAAUAUAAUAUAUCAUUCCAUCGCUUUCCCUUCGCGUGCGUAUAUCGCAAACUCUUUCUACUUUUUUACACGUAUUUAUAUAAACUUAUACAUCUACGCAAUAAUAUACGCAAUGUGUGUAUGGCAGGGCCAAUGCUUUGUACUCGACCGCGUGUCGAAAGCGCUUGAAGGGGCGACUGGAAAUGUUGAACCUGUUCGCGUAAAUUAUCAAAAAUAAGUAUAUCGAAUUAAGAUUUUCGGUUUCUUUUUUAUUUUAUAUACGAAUGACGCCCCAAGAAGUGAUUUCUUGCGUAAAUUUUUACACUGUUCGACAAUGUAAAUUUUAAGUUUGUCGCGUCAUAAACCGAGGGUAUUUCACAAUCGCUCGUUCUCGGAAAGUUAGGUAGCUUCUCCGAGAAGACGUAAAACGCACAAACGAUUUUUAUUCUACUAAUGUUGUAUCUCGGCUAUUAUGCUUUUACUUUUAUCCUUUCCAACUAGAUUGUCGUGAAUAGCCUCGCGUCUUAUUUGAUACGCGAAGGAUCGAGCGCAAGAACCGAGUGAUGAUUUUAGAAAAUUGUACGAGAAAAGACUCUGAAAAAAUCACGGUGUUCCAUUUUUUUUUCUCGCGUACGAUGCAUCUAAACGUGUCUCUGACAAGCGUAUAACUAUGAAGUAUGUAUAAAGCUAAUAUUACAUUUAUCGUACGACAAAACGUAACGCGAUCCGACAGGAAUACAUCCGAUAUCAUGUUAAUUUAACGAUUUAUAAUUCCGAUGCGAAGAUAAGGUUGGAGUUUUUAAUCGUCGCGAAUACGAGAUAAUUCGAUUUGCAUUAUGUUAUACGAUAUUUGUAUGUAUUAUAUUUUUAAUACGAUUGGACUCGCUAGAGCUGCUUUUUCGUUUUUAAA